AUGAGUUCUGGUAUUCCCCCAUGGCGUGUCACAGCCUCAGCAACUGCAACAGCCACCCACUAUCCCACACAUGCAACCCCAGCAUUUAUCCCAGUACAGGCGCGCCGUAGCUUUGCUCAGAAUGCCCAAGUGUCAACUCCAGCGGCUCCUGUCUCUAAUCCCGCUCCAUCGCAGCCUUCGGAUUCGCAACCUCGCAAAAAGGUCGACUGGCCGUUGCCGGUUCGUAUGUACGUGCAGCGGUGCUUUGCAUCUGAAAAUCAAAUUUCGGGUGUGAGCAGAGAAGAGAUGGAAACCAAACUGAAAGCCGUCAUUACCGAGGCUGCGGAUGCCGACCGGCUCUCCGAGGUCGACUGGGACCACCUGCCUCUGCCACAAGUCAUGAUCCAGAACGAACGGAUCAAGAGCCUCACUAACCCUGCUGUGUCCGCCUGGGGCGGUGCAUCCAUCAUGGCCAGCCCAUCCAAUAAAAGAAAAUCUAUCGAGGCAUCGCUGCCCCGCGAGACGGACACCUCUCCGCCCUGGAGACAGACUAACCAUCGCAAUGCUUUUGAAGAUCGCGUCACUUAUCCCAAAGCAGAUAAACGACAGAAGAUUGAUAUGAAGAACCUCAGUAAGUCCAAAACUAAUCUCGAGAUGCGGAAAAAACGAUUUGAGGAUCCUCGUGCCGGGUACGGAUCGUCACCAGCCUCUAGCCGUGGAGACUCCCCAGCCGCGGAUGCGCAUCGUGGUCCGAUCGUGGGUAGAUGCCAGAAUCUGGAGAAGAACUAUUUCCGUUUGACGUCGGCGCCGAACCCGGACACGGUGCGACCCUUGGCGGUGCUUGAGAAGACGCUGGACCUGCUCAAGAAGAAGUGGCGCAAGGACAAUAACUACGGCUACAUCUGCGAUCAGUUCAAAUCCCUCCGACAGGAUCUGACCGUGCAGCACAUCCGGAACGAGUUCACCGUCAGUGUCUACGAGAUCCAUGCCCGCAUUGCCCUGGAGAAAGGAGAUCUUGGUGAGUAUAAUCAGUGCCAGACCCAGUUGCGCGCACUGUACCGGCAGCAACUCGGCGGCCAUCCGACGGAAUUCAAGGCCUAUCGUAUUCUCUAUUUCAUUCACACUCGCAACUGGACGGCCAUGAACGAUGCCCUAGCCGAUCUAACCGCAGCAGACAAGCGAGACCCUGCUGUGAAGCAUGCUUUAGAUGUUCGUUCCGCUCUGGCGCUGGGCAACUACCAUCGCUUCUUCCAGCUCUACCUCGAUACCCCCAACAUGGGGGCAUAUCUCAUGGAUAUGUUUGUCGACCGUGAGCGGCUGUCGGCCCUCGCUGCCAUCUGUAAAGCGUAUAAGCCGGACGUAAAGAUUCGCUUCAUCACCGAGGAACUUGGGUUUGAGUCGGACGAGCAAGCCGCACGGUUUAUCCUGGACCACACCUCUGCCGAUCUGCUCCAGGAGCAGGGCGGCCUGGUCAAGCUCCUCACGGGGAAGGCUGGGCAACUGUUUGAAGUGGCCCGAGCCGAAGCGCACCGGGUCGUCGACAUCAAGGGGCAGAUUUAG